AUUGCCACGAGUGGGGAUGGUUAUGACAGGGUGGUGGGAGUCUCCUCCUUCCCCAAGUGGGAGGAUCAUGUGGUGAAUCCUCCAUCGGUGCUGCGGGUCCCCGGGCAGCCGGUUGCGUUCAUUGUCAAGAUGGAGGAAAGAAAGUCAAGUGACAGCACUAUACUUGGGAAAGUAGCCGCCCAUGUCCCCGAUCUCAUCGUCUAUGGCGAUUUCUCCCAGGAUGUGCCUUUCAUUGAGAGUUUUGAUGGGGUAUUGCUUUUUGCAGACAUCUCAGGCUUCACGGCGCUGACAGAGAAGUUCAGCAUGGACACCAGCCUGGACCGCGGUGCUGACCAGCUUACGCAGACCCUCAACCAUUACGUAGGAGACAUUGUGGAGGAGGUGCUGAUUUACGGAGGCGAUAUCUUGAACUUUGCAGGGGAUGCCCUGCUCGCGCUGUGGAAAGUGCAGCGGAGCCAGCUGAGCGAUAUCAUCACCCUGGCCCUGAAAUGCAGCCUGAGGAUCCAGGAAGAGUACGGGGUGCGGGAGACGGACGUGGGCCUGGAGCUGCGCGUGAAGAUCGGGCUUUCUGCAGGUCACAUCUCCAAAGUCAUUGUUGGAGACAAUAAGCACCAAUAUUUUCUGGUAAUUGGCCGGGCAGUGGACGAAGUUCGGUUGGCCCAAAGCCUAGCAAAAGCAAGUGAGGUUAUUCUGUCGCCAAACUGCUGGGAACUCUGUAACCGGAACAUGAUUGAAAUAGAAAGAAUCAAAGGUGAAAGAGCUGUUAAGGCUAGGUACAUCAAGAACCUCCCUGAUAAUGAGUUUGAUGUGUUCUUCUGGAAAUGUGCAGAAUACCUGCAGCACUACCCCAUGAGUGAAAAUACCAGUAUCCUGAGAUCAACUUCCAUGCUGUCACCAAACGAUGAGCUGGAGAAGUCCCUCCGGAAGUUCGUGAUGAGAAACAUUCUGAAGAAGAUUGACGACAACCAGCCGCUGGAAUAUUUGUCGGAGCUGCGGCCGGUGUCGAUCGUCUUUGUGAACCUGCAGUUUGACGAAAGCGCCAACACCUUGCAUCUGUGCAAGGCCAUCCACGAUGCCAACAUGAAGAUCUCAGAAGUCAUCUACGUCUUCAGAGGCAAAAUCAACAAAGUUUUUAUGUUUGACAAGGGCUGCACGUUCCUGUGUGUGUUCGGACUCCCUGGGGAUAAGCAGGCUGAUGAAAGCACCCACGCCUUGGAGAGCGCGUUUCAUAUCUUCAACUUCUGUUCCACCAAGCUCAUGAAACUCAAGCUAGUUUCCAUCGGGGUUACCAGUGGCCCAGUGUUCUGCGGAGUCGUUGGCCAUCGCGUAAGGCACGAAUACACAGUCAUUGGCCAGAGGGUGAAUCUCGCUGCCCGGAUGAUGAUGUAUUAUCCGGGGCUGGUGUCCUGUGACGCAGUGACCUACGCCAACUCCCGGCUGCCCCACUACUUCUUCGAAGAGCUUGCCCAGGUGGAGAUGAAAGGGGUUGUGAAAUGUGGGGAGGUCUAUCACUACCUCGGCAUCAGUGAGAAAACAAUGAUUGGCAAGGCGUAUCUCACCAAGGAGAGGUCCGAGUACUAUCCCUUACUGGGUCGGGAAAAAGAGCUUGAACUCUAUAAUAAUUUACUGAGGAAUUUUGUGGGGUCUAAAGAAGGCCGUGUUAUAAUAUAUGAAGGCCUUAUGGGCUAUGGAAAGAGCCAGCUACUUGCUGAAAUUGCCUACUUAGGCCAGGAGGCAGGCCACAGGGUUGUUGCUAUGGAGUUGACAAAGGUAAAUGUCAAGCAGAACUUUUUCACCAUCCGGACUCUCAUGGCCAUGUUCCUGGGGAUUGACACCUGCAAAUCAUACGAUGCAAGACAGCGCAUCCUCCAAGGCAAACUCCGAGGUGUGAUAGACGAGACCUACUACUGCCUCCUCAAUAACAUCUUUCUCAUUAAGUUCCCCACCUCGGCAGAGGUUUCCAAAAUGGAUAAUGAAACGAGGGCAGAGGAGAUGGAAUCCUUUCUUGUGAAGAUACUACAGAAGACAGUGGAGAAAGACAUUCUCAUAUUUGUCAUUGACGAAGCCCACUUCAUUGACUCCGCCUCCUGGGAGUUUCUGGACAACUUGCUCUCCAGCAUCCCCGUGUUCAUGGUCAUGUCUAUGUCUGCUCCCAGCCGCCACGCUCGGCUGCCGUGCACCUCUGCCACAAGCAUCAUCAAGAGCCCCAAGACCACCUACGUCCAGCUGCGGGAGCUAAAGGCCUCGGUGAUCCUGCAGAAAGCCUGCCAGGACCUCGGGGUGGUCAGCAUCCCCCGGGAACUGGAAACGUUCUUGGUGCAGAGGAGCCACGGCAUCCCAUUUUACUGCGAGGAGCUGCUGCGGAACCUCCACUUGAACAACAUGCUUAUCUUCCGCCUGUGGGAGGAGGAGGAGGAAGUAGAGGAUGAGUGGGAGGGCCUUUUCACCAAUGCCAUCAAGGUCAUGUCCUCCAAAAACCAAUCCAUUUCCGACUUGGACAAAGAGUUGUACAUUUGCACCCUCCGUCAGAAUGUCAAACUGCAAAACAUUAUGCUGCCGCCUACGCUAAAAGGCAUUGCCCUGGCUGAGUUGGACAACAUGAGUCCGUCGGAGCAGAUGGUAGUGAAGUGCGCAGCUGUCAUCGGACUGACUUUCACGACUGAUCUGCUGUUCCAUAUCCUUCCCGAAUGGACCAAGCGGAAGAUGAACCAGACGCUCGCAGCCCUGGUGGAGUCCCACGUCUUCAGGUGUUUUAAUAAAAGAAAGGAAUCCCAGAGUUCGCAAGCACAGGACAUCUCCUCCUCGGAGUUAUUUGUGUAUCCCGGGACUGUGAGAUCAACUGGGCAUGAGUCAGAUAUCCGCUCGUCCGUGUACAACCGCAUCAAGCUGGAGCAGCUGGUGAUGCAGUGCGGGGCCAUGGCGUUCUGCACGCCGCUGCUGCAGGAGGCGGCCUACGAGGUCUGGCUGAAGAGCCAGAAGAAAGCCUUGCAUCUCAAGUGCAUUAGCUACCUCGAAGGGCAGGCCCACAAGUGCCGGCGCUGCGGGGAAGGGGACUUCAUCGCCUUCCACCGCCACACCGUGGAGACGCUGCUGGAGAGCAUCGAGUCGCAGGAAACCAUUUCGGAGCUGCACACGGAAUACCCGGUCAGCGAAGCAGCCUCCAUGAUCAUCCGUGAAACCCUGAGGAAGCUCCACGCACCCUCCUUUGAAGGGACAAAGAGGAAAGUGGCGACUGCUAAGGCUGUCCUAGCCAGCACAAGCUCCCCUGAAAUUGUCCAGAGGAUAAGUGAAGGUCCACAAAUGGCUCAGCUCAUUGCACCCAAAACACCAUCCUCUGCAAUUUUGACGACACCCAGUGCUGAGACCAAUGCUUCUUCUUUCUCCAAGGACUUCUUAGAACCACAAGACAUUAAGAAAGAGACCCUAAAGGCACUAAAGAAACACAAGAUGUUGCCAGAGGACAUUAAGCAGGCUGCUCAUGUACAGGUACCACUGGUGCCAAAGAUCUCUGCUCCGACUCAGGAAAGACAGAUAGACAUGAAAGCCCCAUAUUGUCCAGGCAAGCUACGGUUUCCAGGCCAGCUGCAGAUGAGCCAGGGGUGUGAGAUUCAGCUCAAGCAAGUGUUUAGGUCACAUUCUCUGCCUGCCGUCUUGUCUCUGGCCAGAGCUGAAGAGAUGGAGAAGGAGUUUCUGGAGGGGCUGGACGAGAUCAUCCAGCAGUCUGACAAGGGCCGGGAGAAGAUCCGGCACUUGGGAUCCUGUGAAUGUGAAGAGAUCGUGGAGUCCGUCUUUGUGCCCCUGGCCCGGCACUGCAUGGCGAGGGGAGACUACGCCAGAGCCUUGUAUUUCUUGUUGGAGUGUGCGGCGGCUUAUUUACAUCUGUCGAACAACUACAUGGCUUUUAGCAAUUUGAAUAUAGCAGAGAAUCUGAUCAAAUCGGUGGAUUUCAAAGCGACUGUAAUUAACCCGUUUGAGGAAGCCACCUUCUGCAGCCUGAAGGGUGAGGUCUGUUAUAACAUGGGCCAAAUGAAUUUGGCCAAGAAAUUUAUCAGGAGGGCUUUGGUUUUACUGAAAAGAAGAUUCCCAUAUAUCUUGAUUGGAGUCGUCUUUAAGACUGUGCUGGAGGCGUCAAAGCAUGCGUCUCACCAGAAGAAGCCGUUCUUGUUUACUCGCUCUCGAGGGGAGAAGAAAUUAGCUUUCCUGUACCAGCAGAGCCACUGCCUCUCCUUACUGUGGCAACUCUUCAGCCUGGACACGGCCACCAACAGCAAGAAGUUCUGUCGCCUGGCGGCGCUCAUGAAGGUGAACUCGGCGGAGGAAUCGGGGGACGAGAGCCAGGAAAUAAUUGUUGGGUUGUCUAUGAUGGAAUUGUACCAAGACUGUGUGCGUGUGCUGAGCUGGCUGGAGGAGUUGGCCGUCGUGGAGGACAGAAUCAUCGGGAUGGCUUGUUUCUUCUCUUACUGCUUAGAACUCUUGCUGUAUGCUGGGUUUUCAUUUAAACCAUUUAAAGAAUGCCUGGAAUUCAUACAACACAAUGAAAAAAACUGCAUCCUUAUGUCUCAGAACAGCAUCAUGCUGGGGCUGUAUUCCUCCCUGGCCAUUUGGUUUGCCAGACUUCAGGAGUGGGGCAACUUCAGGGAGCCUUUUGAAAAGGCCAGACGGUUGCUGAGGAGAACGAACGCCUCCUUCUUCGCGACAAGUGGAUUCUGUAGAUUCUUGGAGUGCGAGGUCCUUAUGCUACGGAAACACAUUGAGGAAAAACCUGAAAGUGUCCGAGAGACCCGUACAAAGACGCUCAAGGACUUGGACCAGGGUCUUUCGCAAUGCUCCACCAGCCCUAUCUACUACCCUCGGGUUUACCACCUCAAAGCCUAUGUCUUCCUGGUGUUGGGCAAUGAAGAGCAGAGCCAGAACCACCUCGACCAAGCAUUCAAACUCUGCAACACCUAUGGAAACCUGCUGGAGAAGUCCUGGCUGGAGAUCAGCAAAGAGUGGUGGUUCACUGCAAAAGGCCCCAUGGAAGACUUAUGGUUCAAAGCCGCACCAGAUUUUCCCAAGUGGGAAAAAGGAAUGACAGAGGAGGACUUUCCAGAGAUCCAUAAAACCAAGUACUUGCUGCGGGUGCCAGCGCUGGAUAUUAACAAUCCUUUCCCAGAACCUGAGGUUGUAGAUGUUUGAGCUGCAUGUAGUUCUGAAAUGACCCGGAGCACUUUGUAAGCUUUCUUUAGCCAGCACUGCCCACAUUUGUAAGCAUUUAUGACAUUCCUGCGCCACACAUAACAACGCCUGCCCUCUCUCUGCAAAACCCUCCGCAUUGGCUCAUCUCUUCCUUUGAUAAAGUCUGGAUUCUAAUGUCUUGCCCUUGCUUGCUUAGACCAUUUUUUCCACUCUGACUUAAA